ACGACUCGCUGUGUCCAAUCUAAAACAAAAGUGCCGCAAGCUUUUUAAUAUCCUUUUUUAUUGGAUUUUUUGAAGUUAUAAACGAAAGGGCCCCUCUUUGUGAAAGUUUCAAGCGAGCUUAAGGAGUUCGUAAAUGCAUAAGUGAGAUGAUUUGGUUUAAAACCUGUGCUUUAUUGCAAUUUUUGCUGGCCUUAUCUGUAACAUCACUGGUGUCUAGUCAAGGUAUUGAAGGUCCUUCAUUGGCAAAUGAUCCAAGUCAAAAUAUAGAUGAAGACACAAUUGAUCUAACGCCAUCUAUAGAUCUUUCUUCAGAAAAAACUGAAGAUGAUCGUGGAGCUGGACAGAUUGUGGGCCAGUCAUUAUUUACACCGCUCCUAGGACAGGGUAUUUUACCAGGGCCAUUGAACAUGUUCGGAUUAAUGUUUCCUGCGCUGAAUUCUCUGCUACUUUUGGGCAAUCUGUUUCCUGCGCCAUCGCUUUUAGGCCAACCGUCACUGUUGGGCUCAUCCCAACAAAUCGGUGCUUCACAGAAUGAUGAGUUGCCAUCUGCAUCAAAGGUGGUUUUAGUGUUGGCUGAAGAUCGGAAUCCUCAUGCUGCUAUGAGAGCUGCUAAUCAGGAAGCAGCACGUACAAUUCGCCAAAAUGACAUGCUCAGUCAGCUUCUGGAUCAAAUACGCCAGGCUGAUUUCGGCCAAAUGCUGUUUGAACAAAUGCAGCAGCAGAAUCCAGGACAAAUGUUGCAACAGAUUGUACCGCAAGACAUAUCACAGUCAGUGGGCCAACUUCUGUCGCAGACAUUGCAACAAAUUCCAAUAGCCUAUUCUCCGCUGUCGGGUCUAGGUCAAGCUUCCGGUGAACCUGCAGUAGGUGCAGCAAUAGGGCAGACAGAAGGCGAGAGCGUUGCUCCGGCUGCCGAUAUGCCACCAUCGUCUACGUCUGUCUUUCAAUUUCCAAUUUUCCAAUCAGCUAUAGACGCCGGAUCCCAAAUUUUAGGUCAAGCCUUUCAACCACUCAAUGCUGAUUCGAGUUCUGGGUUCCCGGUUCCAAAUAUUCAAUCGGCUAUUGAUGCAGGUUCGCAAAUGCUUGGACAAGCUUUGCAACAAGCUAACGCAGACGCCACUACCAGUGGAUUUCAGUUUCCUAAUAUUCAAUCAGUGAUAGAUUCUGGUUCGCAAAUGCUUAGUCAGAGCGGGGGCUUAUUUAAUUUGCGCCCGAUGCAAUCGCUAGAUCCACCUAUGUCUAGCUCCGACGCCGAACCAGCAGCUUCUCAGGUUUCUGAGGUACGUGUAAAGCCGGAGGCCAUUCCAGCAGUUCACAAUCCAAGCGAACAAAACAUGCGAGCGGCUGAGAAUAUGGAUGACCUGAAAAUGAUGGCCGGUUUGAAGAAAGCUCUUGUCCACAAGAAAUUACCUAUAUUGUGGUUCCGUAUUCCAAUUGACUCACGCGAAACGGACCCUGACAUUGAGGUGAAACACCAGACAGAGCCUAAACAAAAAAAUUGUGAUGAAUUGAAACUAGAAACUAGGCUACAAGCUUUUCAGCGUCAGGUUAUAAGUGAGCUCAAACUUCUUCAGAAUAUCGAACGUCAGGCUAAAGAAAUGCGCUCGGCUUCAAGUGGAGCUACGGAUAAAGUAUUCAAAGAAAAUCAUCACACGAGCAUUCUGAGUAAGCUUCCGGUACAUAAGAUAACACGAGCUGAUAUUGAGAAAGCUUUGAACGACGAAUACGUCAAAAGGCUACUGCAAAAGGUGGCAAUCGCAAAUCGAAAAGGAACUGGAAAAAGUAGAUACCAGGAAGCUUUCACGCCUACUGGUGCGAAUUUUAAGCGCCAGACUAUGACUCCAACACCUACGAUGACACCAAGGCCAAUGUCAAGAGAAGAAAUUGUUCGCCUGAUGGCCUACGCAUAUCGUAUGGCAAAUGCUAAUGGGAUACCAAUGCUUGAAUCGCCCGAUAUUAAGAAGCCAACAACGGAAACUGACGCGGAAUCCAGUCGAGCUUUUGGCGUCAAUGAAAAAACAACGGAACAUCAAUGGGCAACAGACCCAAAGACUCCAAGCCAUAUGACCACCAUGAAACCCAUUGAUAUGCAGUGGGCAGACGAUCGAAUGCAGAUGCCUCAAACACAAAACUUGAAACAAAAUCCUACAAUGAUACACACAGCCAGACAAUUGCAAGAUAAAAUGAACCAAGCAAUGGACCGUCAAUGGAUAGAUGAACAGAAAAUGGAACAACUGAUAUCCCCUCAAAAACUUAACAUUGAAGAUCCCAAGCAACAGCAGACAAUGGAACAAAUGUCACAGCGCAUGCCAGUUGAACGGCAAUGGGACCAAACAACUGGCACCCGAAGUUGGAUGCAGGAAAAUCCUCAAAUGCCCAUUCAAAGACAAUGGAUUGACACGCAGACGCAGGGCUUGACAAGUCCUAUUACGCGGCAACAGCAGAUAACAGCGGCUACUCCUGAGGAGGAGCGAAUAUGGGCAGGGAAAUUUGCAAUGCAGCAGCCCUCUAUGGUAGUGCAACAACAGCCGAUGACAAUCCAGCAGCCACAGGUUUCCAUGCAACAACCUCCAAUGGCUAUGCAAGAACAGCCCAUGGCAACUCAACAACCUGCAAUAGAUAUUCAACAACAGCGGAUGACAAUGCAGCAACCACCGGUUUCUAUACAACAAACUCCAAUGGAUGUGGAACAACACCAGAUGGUAACUCAACCGCCUACAAUGGAUAUUCAACAAGAGCGAACCCCUAUGCAACAACGCCCGAUGACAAUUCAGCAGCCUCAUAUAACAAUGCAGCAGCCGCAGGUUGCUAUGCAACAACAGCCGAUGACAAUGCAACAACCACAGUUGAAAACGCAGCAACCUCAAGUUGAUAUGAUGAUAUUACAGCAGAUGCCACCGGAGAUGCAGCGGCAAAUGCAGAACCCGGAUACUCUCGCCUCGCCACAAAUGCCCGAUAAUGAGGGAAAGGCGCGUCUCAAAGGGGCUUCAAUCUUAGACGAAUUUGAUCUUUUGGGAAUUGACUGGAAACGAGGUGUUAAGGGCAAAGUAAAAACUCACGGUAUCUUAAGGCCGACAGUUAUUAACUACUAUUACAAUGCUGGCGGUCGCGCACCCGGCUAUGGAUAUAGUGGCUCAAGCUACCAGCCUAGCUAUAGCGGAGGUGCAGGUGCAAUUUAUGGACCUGCGUCGGGCUACGGAGGAGGUGCAUCAAGUUAUAGCAGUGGAAGUGCAGCAGGAAGUUAUGGUAGUAGUGGCUAUGUUGCGCCCACCGGUGGAUCGUAUAGGAUGGCUAUUGGAGACGAUGAAAUCCAAGCAAUGCUUAAAGAACACUCACAAAUGAAAAUGAUGCCCGAAACAUACCCCAACCCCGUUAUUACCGAUAAUGUGCCAACACUAAUAUUCCAGUCAACGAAAUCAGCCACUGACAACAACAUGUCUAAACCGAUAUCAACACAGAUGGCUACUUUCUCGAAAGAGGAUGAACAAAAUUCAACAUUAACUGCUUCAUAUCCAACUACGCAUUCUUCAAAAAUGUCAAGGUUAGAUUGUAAGUUAAGACUUAACAGUGUUUCAGACAAAGAUAAAACUUCCGGGGGUGAUUAUGUACGACAUAAACGAAACGCUAACUUUGGUUCUUUACAACCCAUCGACGCCAAUUCCCUAAAAGAGCUUCGCAAAACAUAUAAGGAUUCUUUGAAGGAGAUAACAUUAAAACCAGAUGAAGAUCCCGCGGAGGCUCUCAUGCGAUACAAUGAGGCAUCCAUUCGACAUGCUUUGGAGCAGGCAAAUCAAGAACCGAUGGAAAUAAGUACCGAUGAACACGCAGCGCCAGCGGUUGAAACUCAGAACAAUGAUGCAUAUUUCAAAGACGCCCAAGUUCAAGUUUUAAAUCAUGACCUCGCUACAGGCCAUGUUGUGUCACAAUCACACCUCUAUGUACCCGCCCACAACGGCCAACAUAAACACUAUAAAGUAAUCGGGGAGCCGUCCAGCCCCAAUCUGAAUAUUCGCGAACAGGCUAUCAAAAUACUAACGCUAAAAGAUCAUACCAAGUCGUUGGAUAAGACGGAAAUCUUGGCAGCCAUUAAGAAUUCACAUGAAACAUCUGUAAGCUCCAAGAAAUCAAUUGACGCGCCGCAAAAUAUCAUUUUCACUUUACCCGAGAGCGAGCUGAAAACAGUUUUGGAACUUAUUUCGCAUCAAAUGCAAAUGUGUUGCGAUAAGUGUAGAGAUCGGAUUAUAUCUAGUAUCAAGGCAAAUAUCAAAGAAGAGCAUUCAGAAGAGGGUGUUCAGAAGAGUAACCAUGAUUAUGCGGCAAAACAUUCAAGGGCAGCAAAUAGUUUUGAGGAUGAAUCCAAAAGCGAUGACGAGAAAUUCAAUAAAUGGUUGCGUGAAAUGGAAGCCAAAGGAUAUGACUCCAAAUAUUUGACCAAGUCCCAUCACUGGCAGUAUUUAAAUAGUGGAAAAUUGACGUUAGCUUUGGAAAGCAAUGAAGGGAAGCAGCAGGUAGAUAAUAAAAUUUCAAAGAAAGCUAACGACCAGCAGUCAUUGAAGCGCUAUACACAUGUAAACUCUUUAUUGGAUGAUGACGACAAGAAAAACACACAAAAUAAUAUGUCCAGUAAAAUCAAAGGUAAGGCGUUUGAAAAAAAGGUUCCCGAACUGAAUUACUUGACCAAAGAGCAUGCUCAUGUGGUGAAUGAUGAGUUGCGCCAUUUGAAAGAUUCCUCAGAAGAAGGAAUAUCCAGUCCUUAUGCAAUGCGUGGUAAAUUUAAGAGCAUCAAAGUUUCCAGUCGUACUGGUACUUCACCAGGAACUACGCCAGUAAAAUUUUGCGCAAUGUCCCAGGAACCACAUACUGGUAGUACUGUCGACGCAAAUAAGGCUAAGGUUGUAGAGUUACUAAGCCUGCUUUACGACUUGAGUCCCAAGACAGAGAGUGUGAAUACUAAACCUACACAGUUCUCAGUAAUGGUUAUGCCUAUUGUUGCGACUUCAACUGAGGGUCCAGAGCAUUUGACUACCACCAGCAGGGCCCGAACCAAAAGAGGGCGAUCCAGACGCAGGCAGAAAACUGAAACUGGAAUUGUGACACAGCCAGACAAAAAUAUGCUGGAAACCGUUAAGCCAAUUAAAGUAAAUAGUUAAGCUAAACUUAGUCACUUGCAUAUACAACAUACAUAUAGUUAUAAAUACAAACACUCAUAUGCAUGUG